AUGGCCUCCGCCACCCCACUGCUCCCCUCCCAGCUCCUCGGCGGCAGCGUACCGCAGCAGUGGCAGAUGGGCCUCCUGGCCCUCCUCCCUGUGCUGCUGGUGUCCUACCUCCUCACCAUCAGGAGCAGGAACAGGAGCAGGAGCGGCAAGGACCAGGCGCCGCGGCUGCCGCCAGGCCCCGCGCAGCUGCCGAUCCUGGGCAACCUGCACCUGCUGGGCCCACUGCCGCACAAGAACCUCCGCGAGCUGGCUCGGCGGUACGGCCCCGUCAUGCAGCUCCGGCUGGGCACGGUGCCGACGGUGGUGGUGUCCAGCGCGGAGGCGGCCCGUGAGGUGCUCAAGGUGCACGACGUCGACUGCUGCAGCCGCCCCGCGUCGCCGGGGCCCAAGCGCCUCUCCUACGACCUCAAGAACGUCGGCUUCGCGCCCUAUGGCGAGUACUGGCGCGAGAUGCGCAAGCUCUUCGCGCUCGAGCUCCUCAGCAUGCGCCGCGUCAAGGCCGCCUGCUACGCGCGCGAGCAGGAGAUGGACAGGCUCGUCGCCGACCUCGACCGCGCCGCCGCGUCCAAGGCCCCCAUCGUCCUCAACGACCACGUCUUCGCCCUCACCGACGGCAUCAUCGGCACCGUCGCGUUCGGGAACAUCUACGCCUCCAAGCAGUUCGCGCACAAGGAGCGCUUCCAGCACGUGCUGGACGACGCCAUGGACAUGAUGGCCAGCUUCUCCGCCGAGGACUUCUUCCCCAACGCCGCCGGCCGCCUCGCCGACCGCCUCACGGGCUUCCUCGCCCGCCGCGAGCGCAUCUUCAACGAGCUCGACGUCUUCUUCGAGAAGGUCAUCGACCAGCACAUGGACCCGGCGCGCCCCGUGCCCGAAAACGGCGGCGACCUCGUCGACGUCCUCAUCAACCUGUGCAAGGAGCACGACGGCACGCUCCGCUUCACCAGGGACCACGUCAAGGCCAUCGUCCUCGACACCUUCAUCGGCGCCAUCGACACCAGCUCGGUCACCAUCCUGUGGGCCAUGUCGGAGCUGAUGCGCAAGCCGCAGGUGCUGAGGAAGGCGCAGGCCGAGGUGCGGGCCGCCGUGGGCAACAACAAGCCGCGCGUCGACUCCGAAGACGCCGCCAAGAUCCCGUACCUGAAGAUGGUGGUCAAGGAGACGCUGCGGCUGCACCCGCCAGCGACGCUGCUGGUGCCCCGGGAGACGAUGCGGGACACCACCAUCUGCGGCUACGACGUGCCGGCCAACACGCGCGUGUUCGUCAACGCGUGGGCCAUCGGCAGGGACCCGGUGAGCUGGCCGGCGCCCGAGGAGUUCAACCCGGACCGCUUCGUCGGGAGCGACAUCGACUACUACGGCUCGCACUUCGAGCUGAUACCGUUCGGGGCCGGCCGCCGGAUCUGCCCGGGCCUCGCCAUGGGCGAGACCAACGUCACCUUCACCCUGGCCAACCUGCUCUACUGCUUCGACUGGGCGCUGCCGGCGGGGAUGAAGCCGGAGGACGUCAGCAUGGAGGAGACCGGCGCGCUCACGUUCCACCGGAAGACGCCGCUGGUGGUGGUGCCCACCAAAUACCAGCGCCGCGCAGCGUAG